AUGUUCCUGUUCCAAAGAUACUUCGGAACCAUACUCUACACUGGUGAGUACUGUAUUCCACUGUACCACACAGUACUCUACAGGGGUCAGUACUAACUCUACUCUACUUCACCUUACGCUAUACACUGUUGAGUCUCUCUCUAGUCAACUAGUCAACAAUGGUAUUUAGCCUUGUUUUCCACAUCAAGGCGACGGCAUGCUUGAGUAGCCCAACAUUUCUCCCCCUCACACACAAGCCUUGGUAGCUUGCCAUGAUCGUAUAAUGGUUAGUACUGCUCAUGGCAUUGCGAUUCACGGCAUAAAGGCACUUUUUGAAUGAGUUAAUCUGAGACUCAGCCAUAUGAGAAAUGGAACACUAGUCACUUUAAUAAUGUUUACAUAUCUUGCACUACUCAUCUCAUAUGUAUAUACUGUAUUCUAUUCUAUAAUAUUCUACUGUACCUUAGUCCAUGCCGCUCUGUCAUUGCUUGUCCAUAUAUGUAUAUAUUCUUAAAUUCCAUUCCUUACUAGAUUUGUGCGUAUUGGGUAUAUGUGGUGAGAUUGAUAGAUAUUACUUGUUAGAUAUUACUGCACUGUCGGAGCUAGAAGCACAAGCAUUUCGCUACACCCGCAAUAACAUCUGUUAAACACGUGUAUGUGACAAAUAACAAAUGUUAUUUUAUUUUAUUUGCUAUGAUGUUGUCAUGAGCAGCUCUGCAGAUGAGCACAAUGAAAGACUAUCACAGAAUAUCAGCCCAUGCAUACAUUACCAGUCAAAAAUUUGGACACACCUACUCAUUCAAGGGUUUUUCUUGAUUUUUUACUAUUUUCAACAUUGUAGACUAAUAGUGAAGACAUCAAAACUAUGAAAUAACACAUAUGGAAUCAUGUAGUAACCAAAAAGGUGUUAAACAAAUUAAAAUAUAUUUGAGAUUCUUCAAAGUAGUCACCCUUUGCCUUGAUGACAGCUUUGCACACUCUUGGCAUUCUCUCAACCAGCUUCACCUGGAAUGCUUUUCCAACAGUUGAAGGAGUUCCCACAUAUACUGAGCACUUGAUGGCUGCUUUUCCUUGACUCUGCGGUCCAACUCAUCCCAAACCAUCUCAAUUGGGUUGAGGUCGGGUGAUUGUGGAGGCCAGGUCAUCUGAUGCAGCACUCCAUCACUCUCCUUCUUGGUAAAAUAGCCCUUACACAGCCUUGAGGUGUGUUGGGUCAUUGUCCUGUUGAAAAACAAAUGAUAGUCCCACUAAACCCAAACCAGAUGGGAUGGCGUAUCGCUGCAGAAUGCUGUGGUAGCCAUGCUGGUUAAAUGUGCAUUGAAUUCUAAAUAAAUCACAGACAGUGUCACCAGCAAAGCACCUACACACACCUCCUCCUAUAUGUCACCAGCAAAGCACCUACACACCAUCACACCUCCUCCUAUAUGCUUCACGGUGGGAACCACACAUGCAGAGAUAAUCCGUUCACCUACUCUGCGUCUCACAAAGACACGGCGGUUGGAAACAAAAAUCUCUAGCUUUAAAAUGUAGCUAACGAAACUGAAUGUAGAGUAUUGUAUCACUUGAGUACCCUUGGUAUCAAUCUAUGCUUAAUUAUUGUUAUAAUGACAGAUGUGUAGUAAUUAUUUUUUACCUGUGUACUGUAGGCACCCUUACUACAGUCUCUGCUUAGUUCACCCUACUCAUUCAAAAAGAGCCCUUUUGCCGUGACAUUGUGAAUCGCAAUGCCGUGACCCGGAUUCGAACCGGGGUUGUUGCGGCCACAACGCAGAGUACUAACCACUAUACGAUCACGGCGAGCUACCAGGGCUUGUGUAUGUUAAGGAGAAAUCGGAGAAAUCGAUCUGCUCAAGCAAGCCUUCACUGUGGCUGUGGUGGCUAAAAGUCUAACGUUACACUUUGAUGCUAGUUAGAUUACAGUUAGGGCUUGUGUAUCUGUGGGAGAUAUUGGGUAAUUUAAGCAUGCAUUGACGUGGACAGGCAGAGCUGACUUUUUGGCUUUCCACCCAAGGGGUCUCCCACAAGCCCUGGUAACUCGCAAUAAUCGUAAAGUGGUUAUUACUCUGCGUUGUGACCGCAGAAAUCCGGGUCACGGCAUUGUGAUACACAAUGUCACGGCAAAAGGGCUCCUUUUGAAUUACUCAAAGUACUAACUGUGUAAUCUAAAAUAUAAACGCAACAUGUAAAGUGUUGGUCCCAUCCCAUGUUUCAUGAGCUGAAAUAAAAAAUCCCGGUCUACAGUCUAUGACUUAGGUGGCUGGAGUCUUUGACAAUUUUUAGGGCCUUCCUCUGACACUGCCUGGUAUAGAGGUCCUGGAUGGCAGGGAGCUCGGCCCCAGUGAUGUAUUGGGCCGUACGCACUACCCUCUGUAGCGCCUUGCGGUCUGAUGCCAAGCAGUUGCCAAACCAAGCGCUGAUGCAGCCAGUCAAGAUGCUCUAAAUGGUGCAGCUGUAUAACUUUUUGAGGAUCUGAGGUCCCAUGCCAAAUCCUUUCAGUCUCCUGAGGGGAAAUAGGCAUUGUUGAGCCCUCUUCACGAAUGUCUUGGUGUGUUUGGACCAUGAAAGGUUCUUAGUGAUGUGGAUACCAAGGAACUUGAAGCUCUCAACCCGCUCCAAUAGUCCUCAUGUUGAGGGAAAGGUUGUUAUUCUGGCAACACGCUGCCAGUUCUCUGACCUUCCUGUAGGCUGUAAAGUAUGCAUAUUAGAAAUGUUUUUCACAUACAAACGGUAUAUGUCCGUACUAAGAAUCAUAUAGGCUUCCCAAAAAAUUACAUGCUCACUGUGGUAGAAAGUUUAAUUUUGAUUGGCGAUGUUGUGCAUUUAUCAAAAUUCCAUCAGGGAGCCUGAUUUCAGAUGUCAUGCAAACUGGAUUAUUAGGGAAAUCGUUCUUCUUGCAAAGCAUGUAAACGUUUAAAUCAAACUAUUAUAUUAAUCUGACAAUUCACAAGAAUCAUAUUAUUGUGUGCGUACUCCGUGCCGGCCGUGUUCCUAUUGGUCAGUCGUCGGGAGCGGCUUGUAAAACACGCCACAUUACACGAUAAAGACAAAACAUGUCUGACACUGCCAGAACUUUGCCUACGACCGCACGUCGCGGUACUUAAUCAGCAGACCUAGACCCUGUCACACUGAACGAGCCAAGACGUCCGACGAUCGUUUAAGACCUAAGAAUUUGCCCACGACUUGGACAUUUAGUCUGUGCCGGCCUUCACUAUAAGCUAACUAACUGGAUAACUACACAACUCUGGCAUUUGACAAAGUCGUCCAGCUCAUGGUAGGUAAAUGAGUUAGAUUCAUCUGCUAGUCCAGAGGUUCUUAAACUUUUUCGGCUCGAGACCCAAAUGAGAAAUGUACUGACCGAACUUUUUGGGUUCUGUUUUGAUUCAAAAUAUGUGUGGCUUUUCACACACACAAUAGACAAUAUAACUAUGGGCAUUGCGAUUUAGUUGGUUAAAGCGCCUGUCUAGGAAAUAGGAGAUCCCGAGUUCAAAUCUCAGCAGUGUCUUUAAAAAAAUGUCAUUCUACCGAGUCGCGACAUUGCGAUAUACAAUGUCACGGCAAAAGUGAGCCUUUUGACUGAGUUAUCUAACUACUGGUAACUGAAGCUAACAAUCAAACGUUGACAUUUAGCCAGUGUGUCCCCCUAUGGCUUGUCCAAUAUAUCCUACCAAUGAUCAAGCCCUGGCAGUUGCCAUGAUCGCAUAGUGCAGCGAUUCUCAAUGGGUGGGUCGCAACACAAAUUUGUGCCGCGUGCCGUUUAAACCAUUUUACAUUGAAAGUCAACAGUGUAUUUUUUUAUAUAUUUUUUGCAACUGCAGUUAUCCUUCACAUAAAAUAAAUUUGUGCUACAUAUGCAGCAGAAAAUAGCUUCAUUUUCAUCAGAUGACAAUAGAAGUGCAACGCUAUUUAUAGCAGCCACACAAGUAAAUGAGCUUACAAUGAACAAUGACUUUUUUUUUUUUUUUUUACUGCAUGGCCAUCAUAUUUCUAAUGUGUAUCAUAUAAAUAAUGUAGCCAGCUACAUUUCCAAAUGUUUUGCUUAAAGUUAAUCUUGCAUUUUACUGGAGAAAAGUAGGCUACCUCGAGAAAAGUACAGGAGACAAAUAGCUCCACCUCAGUCAGAGAGCUGUCUGCCGAUAGAACCCCCUUUCCUGAAUUGUCAUCGGAGUGGAGAAGUGCAACUGAAGCACAACAUUAGUCUGAUGCCGAGCGGAAAUUACAAUAAGAAGCAUUUUAGAUCUGCGUUUACAAAAUGCAGCAAGAUAUUUCUUACGCGUUUUAUCUUAAUUGUAAUUCUUUUUUUUUGUGAAAAACGUUAAUGCGACCCUUGCGUUUAGGCUACUAUCCAGAUGGCGUUUUUGGCGACAACAACAACAAAAAAUGUCAUGGGAAUGUUGGAUCGUGAAUGAGACAACCUGGUGCAAUUUGGGUCCCAAGACAAUACCAGUUGAGGAAACACCGAUGUAAUGGUUAGGUCUCUGCGUUGUGGCAGCAGCAACCCCGGUUCGAAUCCAGGUCUUGAUAUGAGAUACUCAAUGUCAAGGCAAAGGGGCUCUUUUUGAAAGAGUUAAAAUUAGUAGUAGCUAACUAAUACACUAUCUAACUGUCUGUGUAGUGUGUUUUACGAAUGUAUAAAGUGUUAAAAAAUAUAUUUAAUCGGUUAAGCAGCAGUGUCUAUUUGUUAGAAAACAAAUGUACUUGCAGUAUAGAGAUACAGUAUAGAUUACAUUAUUUAGCAGACACUCUUAUCCAGAGCGACUUACAGGAGCAAUUAGGGUUAAGUGCCUUGCUCAAGGGCACAUCGACAGAUUUUUCACCUAGUUGGCUCAGGGAUUAGAACCAGCGACCUUUCGGUUACUGGCACAACGCUCUUACCCACUAAGCUACCUGGGUUCUAAUUCUAUUUCUAUGUAUUAUGUAUCCUCUAGGUCUGUACACUCUGGGUAAGGAGUCUCUACUAGUCCAGCUAGCCAUAGAGUUUAAGACCUGGGUUGAAGUGUCCAUGGAAAGGCUAGAGACCGUCGAGAGACUAGAGACGCUCAGAGCCCUGGAGCAACCAGAUGUCUUCACCACUGAGCCAGGAGCGGGCCGCCGGAUCAGGACCGUGGACCAGUCAGAGAUUCCACUUCACCAACCAAACAACUCCUCUGGGGUCUGAGUACUUUCCGAAUGCACUGUAUUACACGACUGCUCCUGUAGGCACAACUCUCUCACAGACCUUCUUACAGGCUUGCUCCGGCCAAACGCUACGCCACAGACAUUAGUUUCUUCUCUGCAAUGAGUCUGGAUCUGAGUACCUUCCCAACCCUUGUGAAUACAUUUGGGGCAGUCUGAUUGGUCCAGACACCGAUGGGUUGGUGAACACGCUUGGGUAAAGCGCCCGGUUUGAAAAUGUGUCAUUGGCUUUGAUACCGAUGACGAAUUUUGGUUAGAGAGGUUCCAAUCGCUGAAUAUUUUGUUUUGUACAAUGCCUCUCUUCACCACAAAUGACUUCAACGACGGCAGUCUCAGACUAAAGUAUGUAGCGAAUGACAGAGCAGAGGAAGAAUUCAGUGUGAGUGGUCAGGCUUGCUGAUGGGCCAUCAAUGGUUGAUGGGCUUCUCAUUGUAUUCAAAACUGGUUAGGUAGGUUUAGGCAUCCAGAGCUUCACACCUAGGCACCCAGAGCUUCACAACUAGGCACCCAGAGCUUCACAACUAGGCACCCAGAGCUUCACACCUAGGCACCCAGAGCUUCACACCUGGGCACCCAGAGCUUCACACCUAGGCACCCAGAGCUUCACACCUAGGCACCCAGAGCUUCACAACUAGGCACCCAGAGCUUCACAACUAGGCACCCAGAGCUUCACACCUAGGCACCCAGAGUUUCACACCUAGGCACCCAGAGCUUCACACCUAGGCACCCAGAGCUUCACACCUAGGCACCCAGAGCUUCACACCUAGGCACCCAGAGCUUCACACCUAGGCACCCAGAGCUUCACACCUAGGCACCCAGAGCUUCACAUCUAGGCACCCAGAGCUUCACACCUGGCCCAAUGGGCCCAAUGAGUAAUUUAGCAGAGGCUCUUAUCCAGAGGGCGACUUACAGUAGUGAGUGCGUACAUUUUUGUACAACGUUUCAAUCAACAAGCAGUUGUCUGGACUCCAGAGAGCCUUGGAUGUGAACAGAAAAUGAACACAGUUGCAGUAUUAUUUAUAAAACUUAGAUGAUAUUGAUUUGCAUAUUUCAUAUCGGUGACCAUUACUGUUACUUACUGAAAUCAGUGUUUAUUUGUCAAAUUCACAGGAUUGUGUACACCGUGCAAUGAAAUGCUGAAAAAGGCACUGCUGAGAUUUGAACUCAGGAUCUCCUGUUUACUAGACAGGCGCUUUAACCAACUAAACCACAGCACCAAUAUAAUAUAGGGGUGAAAGCCUUGUCCGAACCAGAGCAGCCAAUGGGCAAGAGCCUUUCUCCUGUUUGUGUAGCUUGAGGCAGCCUGAUUUUCAAGUACACCCCUUGGACAAGACGCUAGUAGGGAUAAGUUCAACACAUGUUUUUCAGAAUCAAUUAGUUGAUGGUUGUUAUGGCCAAAUCAGUUGAUUAAUCAAAGUUUGUUUUUCUCAACUAAUACAUCUUGAGUUUUCCUGUCAGAAUAUAUUGAGAGGUGCGCGUGCAUACUCAACAAACGCUUACUUCAGUCAAAGUUUAUUUGUCAUAUGCACAGAAUACAGAGUAGUGUACACAGUACACCGAGGGCCCUUUAAAGUCAGUUACCCUGAUUCCGCUGUAUUUUGUUCCCGAAAUCCGUUUUCUCUGUUUUUGGUGGAUUUUCUAGGUUUCCGUUUACUCCAUUUUUUGGGGGGGGGAAGAAAAAAAAAAAACAACUACAUUUAAUAUUCUAAGUCCACACAACAAUGUUUAAACCACAUCAGGGAACCACGGUAACACUUUACAAUAAGGUUCCAUUUGUAAAGAGUUCAUGAAGGGGUUAUAAAUACGUUAUUCAUAAUUAUUUAAUCAUUUGUUAAUGCAUUAUAAACCAUUAAUAACGGUUAUAUCGCAUUGGUCAAAAUAGUGCAAUAACUGGUCAGUUUGCCAAAUAGUGAGCCAAUAUUUACCUCCAGUUAUUAACCAUUUAUAAAUGUACUUACAAAUGCUUAUAAGAUUAACCCUUAUGUAUCAUCAUGCAACCUUCUUUUCAACAGUUGCACAGUUAAAGAAUAGUUAUUUUCUCACUUUUGGGUGUGCUGCAUUGGUGCUCUGUCCCAGGAACAGAAGAGGUUGGUUUUCAUGAUGUGUCUUAAUAAUAAUAAGCCAUUUAGCAGACGCUUUUAUCCAAAGCGACUUACAGUCAUGCGUGCAUACAUUUUUACGUAUGGGUGGACCCGGGGAUCGAACCCACUACCCUGGCGUUACAACCGCCAUGCUCUACCAAUUCAGCUACAGAGGACCGCUGUCUCCACCUUUGAAACCCUGAUGCCCUGGCCAAACUUACAUCCAGGACGUUAUUCAAUCAUCAUUCCUUACAUAUGACCCCUUACCAGAUUUUAUCAACAUACUUACCAUUUCUCUGUGAUAGUCCCAAGUAUGGUGAACGCCCUGGUGUGAAAUGGUAACUGAUACCUCUGGUUGGUGAAACAAAUGUUGAAUGUUUUGGUCUUCAUACCCACCAUUCAUUGACUGAACAUGUUUAACAAAGUGUUGAAUCUUCUCUCUUGUAUGCAGUGAUUAAUCCCAAAUACUGCCUAUAAGUAUGUCUAAGCUCUUGAGUGAACUAUCAAAUCAUCUAUAAAUGAUUUACCCACAUGUAUAACAGCAUCAUGCUGUGGGGAUGUUUUUCAGCGGCAGGGACUGGGAGACAGGAAUCGAGGGAAAGAUGAACGGAGCAAAGUACAGAGAGAUCCUUAAUGAAAACCUGCUCCAGAGUGCUCAGGUCCUCAGACUGGGGCGAAAGGUUCACCUUCCAGCAGGACAACGACCCUGAGCACACAGCCAAGACAAUGCAGGAGUGGCUUUGUGACAAGCCUGGACUUGAACCCAAUCGAACAUCUCUGGAGAGACCUGAAAAUAGCUAUGCAGCGACGCUCCCCAUCCAACCUGACAGGGCUUGAGAAGAUCUGCAGAGAAGAAUGGGAGAAACUCCCCAAAUACAGGUAUGCUAAGCUUGUAGCGUCAUACCCAAGAAGACUCGAGGCUGUAAUCGCUGCCAAAGGUGCUUCAACAAAUUAUUGAGUAAAGGGCCUGAAUACGUCUGUAAAUGUGAAAUGUACGUUUUUUAUUUGUAAUAAAUGUGCAAACAUUUCUAAAAACCUGUUUUUGCUUUGUCAUUAUGGGGUAAUGUGUGUAGAUUGAUAAGGGAUUUUAAUUUUUUUAAUCCAUUUUAGAAUGAGGCUGUAACGUAACAAAAUGUGGAAAAAGUGAAGGGGUCGGAAAUACUUUCUGAAUGCACUGUACAUCUACAACCCUGUACAUGUGACUAUUAAAAUCUAAUCUAACGGCCACACAAAUUGUAGACUAGACAUACGCGCGCCACACAACACACACAGACCGUCAUUCCUGUGCCGUUUCAGAAAAAUACAAAAUCACUGAUGCAUUUUGUUCAUGUCCUAUGAUUAACUUUGGCAAAUUAAUGCAUUUUCUAAUAAGUUCAAUACAUUUAGUUGAUUACCUACUAAGUUCCAAAACAUUUUUGAAUCCCAUGAUCCCUUCCACGUUUAUUUUAUAGAGCCCUAUACAAUGCAAUGCUUCAAAGGCACUGCUGAAACUCAAACUGAGGAUCUCCUGUUUACUAGACAGGCGCUUUAACCAACUAAGCCACAGGACCUGGUAGUGUAGUAAGCCUGAGCCAGAACGGCCCAUAGGGAAGGAGGCCAUCUGUUUCUGUAGCGUGAGGCAGCUUGAUGUACAAUACACCACCUGGAAGUUUUUCAUAAUCAAUUAGGCCUAGCUGAUGGUUGCUAGGGCCGAUUUGAUUAAAGUUUUCCUGAUUUGUUUUAUUUUGGAAGAGGUGUGCUUCUAUACUUGACCAAUUUACAGGAUACAGCACAUUGUAUACAGUACAAUGAAAGGCUUAUAAAGGCCCUGUGGAGAUUCAAACUCAGGAUCUUCUGUUUACUAGACAGGCACUUUUACCAACUAAGCCACAGCGGCAGUAGUUGUAGUAUCUUUCACUGGGGUCAAAAGCCACACUUAUUUUAAAUCAAAACAGAAUUGUGUUGCAUUUACAUUUUUUGUCAUUUAGUGGAUGCUGUUAUCCAGAGCGAUUUACAGUUAGUGCAUUCAUCUUAAAAUAGCUAGGUGAGGCACCCACAUCACAGUUGUAGCAAGUAUAUUUUUCUUCAAUAAAUAAGUAAUUUAACUCAUAUCUCUGUACAGUAAUGGAAAAAUAUCAAUCACAUUUUGGAAUCGAUAUGGAAACUGUUGAUUGACUAAGCGAUUAAAUGGAUUAAAUAAUCUAAAUCCUCCCUCCUACCAUGACCUGGCGGACUGCCAGAGUUGUUCAGUUACACAGUUAGUUAGCUUACACUUAAAGCCAAUUUAUGCUUGAUCCGCGAUUUGUGGUCGGAGGCUUCGUAUGUAGGGUGUUGCGGAGCCUCCGGAGGCAUGCAGAGUCCAAAUCAAAUUGCGUACAUUCUGUAUGGACACAAACUCACUUCCUUCACAAAAGCUAGUAUGAAGUAUGAAAGCCAUGACGUCUGCGGAGGCUGCAUCACAGCUGUACGGCCACUUCAGACGUCGGUUUGACCAUGCAGAGCUUUUUAGACUUGCUGGUUAGAUUACACGGUCAGGAAGUUCCAACUCAUUCAAAGAGAGCCCUUAUGCCUUGAUGUAUUGCAAUGCUGUGAUCUAGAUUCAAACCAGGGUUGCUGUCACCACAAUGCAGAGUACUCACCAUUAUAUGAUCACGGCAAGCAACCAGGGCUUGUGUGCUUGGGGGAGAUAUUGGCCUCUUAACUUGCAUGCUAGUAGUUUGGCUGUCCAAACUAGAUUAGCUAAAUAUAUGGCUUUGUUUGCAUGCUAGUAGUUGGCUGUCCAAGAUAGAUUAGCUAACAUAAAGUUUGAAGUUAGAUUAAACUACCAGGGCUUGUGAAGGGGAUAUAUUGGACCUCUUAAUUCAGCAUACAGAGACGUGGACAAGCAUGCAAAUGAUUCUGACUUGAUAUCCUAUGAGAAACGCUGCGUAGAAGUGUUUUCAUAAAUAUCAAACUCAUCCCUCCUACUGCCAGGAACAGGAGGACUUCAUCUCGGCUCUUUGGCCCACCUCCCUGGUCCCCAUCGUAGGCAGCCCUACCUCUGGCAUCCCCUCCUUCUUCGCCCUGCUGCCUAGGAGAAAACGCCAUGAGGUCCUGGUUCCUGAGUUAGUCCAGCAUUACAUGAAGGGCUGGCCUGAGUUGCAGGUUCAAGUCACGGGUCAGUCUAGCUUUCCAGGCUACAGUAACCUGCCAUGCCAAACCAAUCCAAACCCCUCGACCCAGAGUGGGUGGUGUUUGAGUCCCCUGCCAAGACCCCUCUCAGGGAUCCAGGCCUGGGUCGGUGAUGGAGGAAGCCUGUGAGACUGGGUCCAUGGAGCAGCCUGGUCAGGAGGAGGAGAUGGACACAGAGAUGGUUGCAGAUAGAGACGGAGAGGAGUCAGACUGUAUCCUGAUGGGUCUGAGUAUAGACCCCAGCCCUACCACAGACCCCAGCACUAGCCCCUACCUGACCAGAGACUCCAGAGACCCCAAUUCAAGCCCCAGCCUGACCAGAGACUCCAGAGACCCCAACCCUAGCCCCAGCCCCAGCCUGACCAGAGACCCCAACCUCAGGCCCAGCCUGACCAGAGACUCCAGAGAUCCCAACCCCAGCCCCAACCUGACCAGAGACUCCAGAGACCCAGCCCCAGCCUGA